GCAGAUCCAGGUCCGGGACAGGACAGGGGGCAGUGGAUGCGGGGAGGGGGGGAAAGAAUGUCCCCGCGUCCCCCAGCGGCCCCCCUCCCCAGCAGCCCACUCCCGGGUCCCUCCAGGGUCUGCCCCGCUCGCCAGUCCCAGCCCCGCUCCGGCCCCGCCCGGCCCCGCCCUCUCCCCACAGCUCCGGGCAGACCCGCCCGCCCGAGCCGGAGUUACAAGAGCCGCCUCCGCGCACGGGGGCCCGGCCACUCGGAGCUGCUCUGCCGCGGGGACUGCACCGCCCGCCCUGCCAGACCCGCCCGGAACGGGGCUCGUCGCCGCCAGUAGCCGCAGCACCGCAGCCUUGGGCCUCGCGCCGGCUAUGGCCGUGCCCUAGGGCUGAGCCCUCAGGUUGUGACCGAGAUCCCCGACGAGAGAGACUGAGGGGAAGAGAGGAAGGAGGGGCGGGCUUCUGGCAAGGCAUUCGCUCCUGAGCGGAAUCCUGCAAAGAUGGAGAAGGAGGAGGAGACAACCCGGGAGCUGCUGCUGCCCAACUGGCAGGGUAGCGGCUCCCACGGGCUGACCAUCGCCCAGAGGGACGACGGCGUCUUUGUGCAGGAGGUGACGCAGAACUCCCCUGCGGCCCGCACUGGGGUGGUCAAGGAGGGGGACCAGAUUGUGGGUGCCACCAUCUACUUUGACAACCUGCAGUCGGGUGAGGUGACCCAGCUGCUGAACACCAUGGGGCACCACACGGUGGGCCUGAAGCUGCACCGCAAGGGGGACCGCUCCCCCGAGCCUGGCCAGACCUGGACCCGUGAAGUCUUCAGCUCCCGCAGCUCUGAAGUGGUUCUGAGCGGGGAUGAUGAGGAGUACCAGCGCAUCUACACCACGAAGAUCAAGCCACGGCUGAAGUCGGAAGAUGGAGUGGAAGGAGACCUCGGGGAGACCCAGAGCCGCACCAUCACAGUGACCAGAAGGGUCACGGCCUACACUGUGGAUGUGACUGGCCGGGAAGGAGCCAAGGACAUAGACAUCAGUAGCCCUGAAUUCAAGAUCAAGAUUCCAAGACAUGAACUGACUGAAAUCUCCAGUGUGGAUGUGGAGACCCAGUCCGGGAAGACCGUGAUCAGACUGCCCUCGGGCUCGGGGGCAGCCUCUCCGACAGGCUCUGCUGUGGAUAUCCGAGCAGGGGCCAUUUCUGCUUCAGGACCAGAGCUCCAAGGUGCUGGCCACUCGAAGCUCCAGGUCACCAUGCCUGGGAUAAAGGUGGGAGGCUCAGGUGUCAAUGUCAGUGCAAAGGGCUUGGACUUGGGUGGCAGAGGAGGGGUCCAAGUUCCAGCAGUGGACAUUUCAUCUUCUCUUGGGGGUAGGGCAGUAGAGGUACAGGGCCCAUCUCUGGAGAGUGGUGAUCAUGGCAAAAUUAAAUUUCCCACCAUGAAAGUGCCGAAAUUUGGUGUCUUGACAGGGCGUGAGGGCCAGACACCAGAGGCAGGGCUGAGGGUUUCUGCACCUGAAGUCUCUGUGGGGCACAAGGGCGGCAAGCCAGGCUUGACUAUCCAAGCCCCUCAGCUGGAAGUCAGUGUGCCCUCUGCCAAUAUUGAAGGCCUUGAGGGGAAGCUGAAGGGCCCCCAAAUCACUGGGCCAUCACUUGAGGGUGACCUAGGCCUGAAAGGUGCCAAGCCACAGGGGCACAUUGGGGUGGACGCCUCUGCUCCCCAAAUUGGGGGUAGCAUCACUGGCCCCAGUGUGGAAGUUCAGGCUCCUGACAUUGAUGUUCAGGGGCCUGGGAGCAAACUGAAUGUGCCCAAGAUGAAAGUCCCCAAGUUCUCUGUAUCAGGUGGAAAGGGAGAGGAAACUGGGAUUGAUGUGACACUGCCUACAGGUGAAGUGACUGUUCCUGGGGUCUCUGGGGAUGUCAGCCUGCCUGAGAUUGCUACUGGUGGGCUGGAAGGAAAGAUGAAAGGUACUAAAGUGAAGACUCCUGAAAUGAUUAUUCAGAAACCUAAAAUCUCCAUGCAGGAUGUGGAUCUGAGCCUUGGGUCUCCUAAACUGAAAGGAGAUAUUAAGGUUUCUGCUCCUGGGGUGCAAGGUGAUGUUAAAGGCCCUCAAGUGGCACUUAAAGGCUCCAGAGUGGACAUAGAGACACCAAACCUAGAGGGAACCUUGACAGGCCCUAGGCUUGGCAGUCCUUCCGGGAAAACCGGAACCUGUAGGAUCUCUAUGUCAGAAGUAGACUUAAAUGUGGCCGCACCUAAAGUGAAAGGGGGUGUAGAUGUCACACUCCCCAAAGUAGAAGGGAAAGUCAAAGUCCCUGAAGUUGAUGUCAAAGGCCCCAAAGUGGAUGUCAGUGCCCCAGAUGUUGAAGCGCAUGGCCCAGAAUGGAACCUGAAAAUGCCCAAGAUGAAAAUGCCCACUUUCAGCACUCCAGGAGCCAAAGGGGAAGGUCCAGAUGUGCAUAUGACUCUACCCAAAGGAGAUGUCAGUAUUUCAGGGCCCAAGGUCAAUGUGGAAGCCCCAGAUGUCAACUUGGAGGGUCUGGGGGGAAAACUUAAAGGCCCCGAUGUUAAGCUGCCUGAUAUGAGUGUCAAGACACCAAAGAUCUCCAUGCCUGAUGUAGAUUUGCACGUGAAAGGUACAAAGGUGAAGGGAGAGUAUGAUGUAACUGUACCAAAGCUUGAAGGAGAACUCAAAGGCCCAAAAGUGGACAUUGAUGCCCCAGAUGUGGAUGUUCAUGGCCCAGACUGGCACUUGAAGAUGCCCAAGAUGAAAAUGCCCAAAUUCAAUGUGCCAGGGUUCAAAGCAGAGGGCCCAGAAGUGGAUGUGAACCUGCCCAAGGCUGAUGUGGACAUUUCUGGGCCCAAGAUAGAUGUUACUGCUCCUGAUGUGAGCAUUGAGGAACCAGAAGGGAAAUUGAAAGGGCCCAAGUUUAAGAUGCCUGAGAUGAACAUCAAAGUCCCCAAGAUCUCCAUGCCUGAUGUGGACUUACAUCUGAAAGGCCCUAAUGUAAAGGGAGAAUAUGAUGUCACAAUGCCAAAGGUUGAAAGUGAGAUUAAAGUUCCUGAUGUUGAACUUAAAAGUGCCAAAAUGGACAUUGAUGUCCCAGAUGUGGAGGUUCAAGGCCCAGACUGGCACCUGAAGAUGCCCAAGAUGAAAAUGCCCAAGUUCAGCAUGCCUGGCUUCAAAGCAGAGGGCCCAGAAGUGGAUGUGAACCUGCCCAAGGCUGACGUGGACAUCUCAGGACCCAAGGUGGGUGUUGAAGUUCCAGAUGUGAAUAUUGAAGGACCUGAAGGAAAGCUGAAGGGCCCCAAGUUCAAGAUGCCAGAGAUGAAUAUCAAGGCCCCCAAUAUCUCCAUGCCUGAUGUGGACUUGCAUAUGAAAGGUCCUAAAGUAAAGGGAGAAUAUGAUAUGACAGUGCCAAAGCUGGAAGGGGACCUGAAAGGCCCAAAAGUAGAUGUCAGUGCCCCAGAUGUUGAAAUGCAGGGUCCUGACUGGAACUUGAAGAUGCCAAAGAUUAAAAUGCCCAAAUUUAGCAUGCCCAGCCUCAAAGGAGAGGGGCCAGAAUUUGAUGUGAACCUGUCCAAAGCGAAUGUGGACAUUUCUGCACCAAAAGUAGAUACUAAUGCUCCAGAUCUGAGCCUUGAAGGACCUGAAGGGAAGUUGAAAGGCCCAAAGUUUAAGAUGCCUGAGAUGCACUUCAAAGCUCCUAAGAUGUCUUUGCCAGAUGUUGACCUGGAUCUUAAAGGACCCAAAAUGAAAGGAAAUGUAGAUAUCUCUGCACCAAAGAUAGAGGGUGAAAUGCAGGUUCCAGAUGUGGACAUCAAAGGUCCCAAGGUAGAUAUUAAAGCACCAGAUGUGGAAGGCCAAGGCCUGGACUGGAGCCUGAAAAUACCCAAGAUGAAAAUGCCCAAGUUCAGCGUGCCCAGCCUCAAAGGCGAGGGCCCAGAAGUGGAUGUGAACUUGCCUAAGGCUGACGUUGUUGUCUCAGGACCCAAGGUGGACAUCGAAGCCCCAGAUGUGAGCCUCGAAGGUCCAGAAGGAAAGCUGAAGGGUCCCAAGUUUAAGAUGCCUGAGAUGCAUUUCAAGACCCCCAAGAUCUCCAUGCCUGAUGUGGACUUACACUUGAAAGGCCCCAAAGUCAAAGGGGAUGUGGAUGUGUCUGUGCCCAAGGUAGAAGGUGAAAUGAAAGUGCCAGAUGUUGACAUCAAAGGACCCAAAAUGGACAUUGAUGCCCCAGAUGUGGAGGUUCAAGGCCCAGACUGGCACCUGAAGAUGCCCAAGAUGAAAAUGCCCAAGUUUAGCAUGCCUGGCUUCAAAGGAGAGGGCCCAGAAGUGGAUGUGAACCUGCCCCAGGCUGACAUUGAUGUCUCAGGACCCAAGGUGGAUGUUGAAGUCCCAGAUGUGAGCCUUGAGGGCCCAGAAGGAAAGGUGAAGGGCCCCAAGUUUAAGAUGCCUGAGAUGCACUUCAAGGCCCCCAAGAUCUCCAUGCCUGAUGUGGACCUGAAUCUUAAGGGGCCAAAACUGAAGGGAGAUGUGGAUGUGUCCUUGCCUGACGUAGAAGGUGAAAUGAAAGUGCCAGAUGUUGACAUUAAAGGGCCCAAAGUUGACAUUAGUGCUCCAGAUGUGGAUGUUCAUGGCCCAGAUUGGCACCUGAAGAUGCCCAAGGUGAAAAUGCCCAAGUUCAGCAUGCCCGGCUUCAAAGGAGAGGGCCCUGAAGUGGAUGUGAAGCUGCCCAAAGCUGACGUUGAUGUCUCAGGACCCAAAAUGGACGCUGAAGUUCCAGAUGUGAAUAUUGAAGGUCCAGACGCAAAACUAAAAGGUCCCAAAUUCAAGAUGCCAGAAAUGAGUAUAAAGCCUCAGAAGAUAUCCAUACCAGAUGUUGGUUUGCAUUUGAAAGGUCCUAAAAUGAAAGGAGAUUAUGAUGUUACAGUUCCAAAAGUAGAAGGAGAGAUAAAAGCUCCUGAUGUUGACAUCAAAGGCCCCAAAGUUGACAUUAAUGCACCAGAUGUGGAGGUUCAUGGCCCAGACUGGCACCUGAAGAUGCCCAAGGUAAAAAUGCCCAAGUUCAGCAUGCCUGGCUUCAAAGGAGAGGGCCCAGAUGUGGAUGUGAACCUGCCCAAGGCUGACCUUGGUGUUUCAGGACCCAAGGUGGACAUUGAUGUUCCAGAUGUGAAUCUUGAAGCUCCAGAGGGGAAACUAAAAGGCCCUAAGUUCAAGAUGCCAAGCAUGAAUAUACAGACGCACAAAAUCUCUAUGCCUGAUGUUGGACUUAAUUUGAAAGCCCCUAAACUGAAAACUGAUGUAGAUGUUUCCCUUCCCAAAGUGGAAGGAGACUUGAAGGGUCCUGAAAUUGAUGUGAAAGCCCCUAAGAUGGAUGUGAAUGUUGGUGAUAUUGAUAUUGAAGGUCCAGAAGGGAAGUUGAAGGGCCCCAAGUUUAAGAUGCCUGAGAUGCAUUUCACGGCCCCCAAGAUCUCCAUGCCCGAUGUGGACUUACACUUGAAAGGCCCCAAAGUCAAAGGGGAUAUGGAUGUGUCUGUGCCCAAGGUAGAAGGUGAAAUGAAAGUGCCAGAUGUUGACAUUAAAGGGCCCAAAGUGGACAUUGAUGCCCCAGAUGUGGAGGUUCAUGGCCCAGAUUGGCACCUCAAAAUGCCCAAGAUGAAAAUGCCCAAGUUCAGUAUGCCUGGUUUCAAAGCAGAGGGCCCUGAAGUGGAUGUGAAUCUGCCAAAGGCUGACAUUGAUGUGUCUGGACCCGGUGUGGACAUUGAUGCUCCUGAUUUGGAUAUUGAGGGACCAGAAGGAAAGUUGAAAGGCUCCAAAUUUAAGAUGCCCAAGUUGAAUAUAAAAGCUCCCAAGGUCUCCAUGCCAGAUGUGGACUUGAAUUUGAAGGGACCCAAACUGAAGGGAGAGAUAGAUGCUUCUGUGCCAGAACUGGAAGGUGAUCUCAGAGGGCCGCAAGUUGAUGUCAAAGGUCCUUUUGUGGAAGCGGAGGUGCCUGAUGUUGAUCUGGAGUGUCCUGAUGCAAAGUUGAAAGGGCCCAAGUUUAAGAUGCCUGAGAUGCACUUCAAGGCCCCCAAGAUCUCCAUGCCUGAUGUGGACUUACACCUGAAAAGCCCCAAAGUCAAAGGGGAUGCGAAUGUGUCUUUGCCAAAAUUGGAGGGAGAUUUAACAGGCCCCAGUGUGGAUGUGGAGGUGCCUGAUGUUGAGCUGGAGUGUCCUGAUGCAAAGUUGAAAGGCCCUAAAUUUAAGAUGCCAGACAUGCACUUCAAGGCCCCCAAGAUCUCCAUGCCUGAUGUGGACUUACACCUGAAAGGGCCCAAAGUCAAAGGGGAUGCGGAUGUGUCUUUGCCAAAAUUGGAGGGAGAUUUAACAGGCCCCAGUGUGGGUGUGGAGGUGCCUGAUGUUGAUCUGGAGUGUCCUGAUGCAAAGUUGAAAGGGUCCAAGUUUAAGAUGCCUGAGAUGCACUUCAAGACCCCCAAGAUCUCCAUGCCUGAUGUGGACUUACACCUGAAAGGCCCCAAAGUCAAAGGGGAUAUGGAUGUGUCUGUUCCCAAGGUAGAAGGUGAAAUGAAAGUGCCAGAUGUUGACAUCAAAGGACCCAAAAUGGACAUUGAUGCCCCAGAUGUGGAUGUUCAUGGCCCAGACUGGCACCUGAAGAUGCCCAAGAUGAAAAUGCCCAAGUUCAGCAUGCCUGGCUUCAAAGCAGAGGGCCCAGAAGUGGAUGUGAACUUGCCCAAGGCUGAUGUUGUUGUCUCAGGACCCAAGGUGGAUGUUGAAGUCCCAGAUGUGAGCCUUGAAGGUCCAGAAGGGAAGCUGAAGGGCCCCAAGUUUAAGAUGCCUGAGAUGCAUUUCAAGACCCCCAAGAUCUCCAUGCCUGAUGUGGACUUACACUUGAAAGGCCCCAAAGUCAAAGGGGAUGUGGAUGUGUCAGUGCCAAAAUUGGAGGGAGAUUUAACAGGCCCCAGUGUGGAUGUGGAGGUGCCUGAUGUUGAGCUGGAGUGUCCUGAUGCAAAGUUGAAAGGGCCCAAGUUUAAGAUGCCUGAGAUGCACUUCAAGACCCCCAAGAUCUCCAUGCCUGAUGUGAACUUAAACUUGAAAGGCCCCAAAGUCAAAGGGGAUAUGGAUGUGUCUGUUCCCAAGGUAGAAGGUGAAAUGAAAGUGCCAGAUGUUGACAUCAAAGGGCCCAAAGUGGACAUUGAUGCCCCAGAUGUGGAUGUUCAUGGCCCAGACUGGCACCUGAAGAUGCCUAAGAUGAAAAUGCCCAAGUUCAGCAUGCCUGGCUUCAAAGGAGAGGGCCCAGAAGUGGAUGUGAACUUGCCCAAGGCUGACGUUGAUGUCUCAGGACCCAAGUUGGAUGUUGAAGUCCCAGAUGUCAGCCUUGAAGGUCCAGAAGGGAAGCUGAAGGGCCCCAAGUUUAAGAUGCCUGAGAUGCACUUCAAGACCCCCAAGAUCUCCAUGCCUGAUGUUGAUUUCAAUUUAAAGGGACCCAAAAUCAAAGGAGAUGUUGAUGUUUCUGCCCCAAAGCUGGAGGGAGAGUUAAAAGGUCCAGAACUGGAUGUCAAAGGUCCCAAAUUAGAUGCUGACAUGCCAGAAGUAGCUGUGGAAGGCCCAAAUGGCAAGUGGAAAACUCCUAAGUUCAAGAUGCCAGAUAUGCACUUUAAAGCUCCCAAAAUCUCUAUGCCAGACCUCGAUCUACACUUGAAGAGCCCCAAGGCAAAAGGAGAGGUGGAUGUAGAUGUUCCCAAAUUGGAAGGGGACCUUAAAGGGCCACAUGUGGAUGUCAGUGGGCCAGACAUUGACAUUGAGGGACCAGAGGGCAAAUUAAAAGGCCCUAAGUUCAAGAUGCCUGAUAUGCAUUUCAAAGCCCCCAAUAUUUCUAUGCCUGAUGUUGACCUAAAUCUCAAAGGACCCAAAAUCAAGGGGGAUGUGGAUGUGUCUGUGCCUGAGGUAGAAGGUAAACUUGAAGUACCAGAUAUGAACAUCAGGGGCCCCAAAGUUGAUGUAAAUGCCCCCGAUGUCCAAGGUCCAGACUGGCACCUGAAGAUGCCCAAGAUGAAAAUGCCCAAGUUCAGCAUGCCUGGCUUCAAAGCAGAGGGCCCUGAAGUAGACGUCAACUUGCUUAAGGCUGACGUUGACAUCUCAGGACCCAAGGUGGACAUUGAAGGCCCUGAUGUUAACAUUGAAGGACCAGAGGGAAAGUUGAAAGGGCCUAAGUUAAAGAUGCCAGAGAUGAAUAUCAAAGCCCCCAAGAUCUCCAUGCCUGACUUUGAUUUGCAUCUGAAAGGUCCCAAGGUGAAGGGCGAUGUGGAUGUUUCUCUGCCCAAAGUGGAAGGUGACCUCAAGGGCCCCGAAGUUGACAUCAAGGGGCCCAAAGUGGAUAUUAAUGCCCCAGAUGUGGGUGUUCAAGGCCCAGACUGGCACCUGAAGAUGCCCAAGAUGAAAAUGCCAAAGUUCAGCAUGCCUGGCUUCAAAGGAGAGGGCCCAGAUGUGGAUGUGAAGCUGCCCAAGGCUGACAUUGAUGUUUCAGGACCCAAAGUGGCCAUUGAAGGCCCUGAUGUUAACAUUGAAGGACCAGAGGGAAAGUUGAAAGGGCCUAAGUUCAAGAUGCCAGAGAUGAAUAUCAAAGCCCCCAAGAUCUCCAUGCCUGAUAUUGACUUAAACCUGAAAGGACCCAAAGUGAAGGGUGAUGUGGAUGUUUCCCUUCCUAAAGUGGAAGGUGACCUCAAGGGCCCAGAAGCUGACAUCAAGGGCCCAAAAGUGGACAUUGACGCACCUGAUGUUGAUGUUCAUGGCCCAGACUGGCACCUAAAGAUGCCCAAGAUAAAAAUGCCCAAGAUCAGCAUGCCUGGCUUCAAAGGAGAAGGUCCAGAUGUGGACGUGAACCUGCCCAAGGCUGACCUUGAUGUCUCAGGACCGAAAGUGGAUAUUGAAUGUCCCGAUGUGAAUAUCGAAGGACCUGAAGGAAAGUGGAAAAGUCCAAAGUUUAAGAUGCCAGAGAUGCAUUUUAAGACUCCAAAGAUAUCCAUGCCAGAUAUUGACCUGAAUCUCACAGGUCCAAAAAUAAAAGGAGAUGUGGAUGUUACAGGCCCUAAGGUAGAGGGAGAUCUGAAAGGUCCUGAAGUUGACCUCAAAGGCCCCAAAGUGGACAUUGAUGUCCCAGAUGUUAAUGUUCAGGGUCCAGACUGGCACCUGAAGAUGCCCAAGAUGAAAAUGCCCAAGUUCAGCAUGCCUGGCUUCAAAGCAGAGGGCCCUGAAGUGGAUGUGAACCUGCCCAAGGCUGACGUUGAUGUCUCAGGCCCCAAAGUGGACGUUGAAGGCCCUGAUGUUAACAUUGAAGGACCAGAGGGAAAGUUGAAAGGGCCUAAGUUCAAGAUGCCAGAGAUGAAUAUCAAAGCCCCCAAGAUCUGCAUGCCUGACUUUGAUUUGCAUCUGAAAGGUCCCAAGGUGAAGGGCGAUGUGGAUGCUUCUCUGCCCAAAGUGGAAGGUGACCUCAAGGGCCCUGAAGUUGACAUCAGGGGUCCCAAACUGGACAUUGAUGUCCCGGAUGUGGACGUUCAAGGCCCAGACUGGCACCUGAAAAUGCCCAAAGUGAAAAUGCCCAAAUUCAGCAUGCCUGGCUUCAAAGGAGAGGGUCCAGAUGUGGAUGUGAACCUGCCCAAGGCUGACCUUGAUGUCUCAGGACCCAAGGUGGACAUUGAUGUUCCAGAUGUGAAUAUCGAAGGCCCAGAGGGAAAGUUGAAAGGUCCCAAGUUCAAGAUGCCUGAGAUGAAUAUCAAAGCCCCCAAGAUCUCCAUGCCUGACAUUGAUCUUAACCUGAAAGGACCCAAAGUGAAGGGUGACAUGGAUGUGUCUCUGCCAAAAGUGGAAGGUGACAUGAAAGUUCCUGACGUGGAUAUUAAAGGCCCCAAAGUGGAUAUUAAUGCCCCAGAUGUGGAUGUUCAAGGCCCAGACUGGCACCUGAAGAUGCCUAAAAUAAAAAUGCCCAAGAUCAGCAUGCCUGGCUUCAAAGGAGAAGGUCCAGAAGUGGAUGUGAACCUGCCCAAGGCUGACCUUGAUGUCUCAGGACCCAAGGUGGACGUUGAUGUUCCAGAUGUGAAUAUUGAAGGUCCAGAUGCGAAACUGAAGGGCCCUAAAUUCAAGAUGCCAGAGAUGAACAUCAAAGCUCCUAAAAUAUCAAUGCCUGAUUUGGACCUCAAUCUUAAAGGCCCUAAAAUGAAAGGAGAGGUGGAUGUUUCACUUCCAAAUGUAGAAGGUGAUUUGAAAGGACCUGCUCUUGACAUAAAAGGCCCAAAGAUAGAUGUAGAUGCUCCAGAUAUUGACAUUCAUGGCCCAGAUGCCAAAUUAAAAGGUCCAAAACUGAAGAUGCCUGACAUGCAUGUAAACAUGCCCAAGAUCUCCAUGCCAGAAAUUGACUUGAAUUUGAAAGGCUCAAAGCUUAAGGGAGAUGUUGAUGUCUCUGGGCCCAAGUUGGAAGGUGACAUUAAAGCUCCCAGUUUGGAUAUAAAGGGCCCAGAAGUGGACGUUUCCGGUCCUAAGCUUAAUAUUGAAGGCAAGUCAAAGAAAUCUCGUUUUAAGCUUCCCAAAUUUAAUUUUUCGGGCUCCAAAGUUCAGACACCUGAAGUGGAUGUCAAAGGUAAAAAGCCAGAUAUUGACAUAACAGGUCCAAAAGUUGAUAUUAAUGCUCCUGAUGUCGAGGUCCAAGGAAAAGUGAAAGGAUCCAAGUUUAAAAUGCCUUUCCUGAGUAUUUCAUCUCCCAAAGUUUCUAUGCCUGACGUGGAACUAAAUUUGAAAGGUCCCAAAGUCAAAGGAGACUUAGAUAUUGCAGGUCCCAAUUUAGAAGGUGACUUUAAAGGCCCCAAAGUGGAUAUUAAGGCACCAGAAGUCAAUCUUAAUGCACCUGAUGUGGAUGUUCAUGGUCCAGACUGGAAUCUGAAAAUGCCCAAGAUGAAAAUGCCCAAAUUCAGUGUGCCUGGCUUAAAAGCAGAAGGGCCAGAUGUAGCUGUGGAUCUACCAAAAGGAGACAUCAACAUAGAGGGCUCAAGUAUGAACAUUGAGGGCCCAGAUCUCAAUGUGGAAGGUCCGGAGGGAGGCUUGAAAGGUCCCAAAUUCAAGAUGCCUGACAUGAAUAUCAAAGCUCCCAAGAUCUCCAUGCCUGACAUUGACUUAAACUUGAAAGGCCCCAAGGUGAAAGGUGAUGUGGAUAUUUCUCUUCCCAAACUUGAAGGGGAUCUGAAAGGGCCAGAGGUUGAUAUCAAAGGCCCUAAAGUGGACAUCAGUGCCCCAGAUGUGGAUGUUCAUGGUCCAGACUGGCAUCUGAAGAUGCCCAAAGUGAAAAUGCCCAAGUUCAGCAUGCCUGGCUUCAAAGGAGAAGGCCCUGAAGUCGAUGUUACCCUCCCUAGAGCUGACAUUGACAUUUCUGGUCCCAUUGUAGACGUUGAUGUUCCAGAUGUGAAUAUUGAAGGUCCAGAUGCAAAGCUGAAGGGCCCCAAGUUCAAGAUGCCUGAGAUGAACAUCAAAGUCCCCAAGAUCUCCAUGCCUGACUUUGACCUGAACUUGAAGGGACCCAAAAUGAAGGGUGAUGUGGAUGUGUCUUUGCCCAAAGUGGAAGGUGAUCUAAAAGGCCCUGAGGUGGACAUCAAGGGCCCCAAAGUGGACAUUGACACUCCUGACAUUAACAUCGAAGGCCCAGAGGGUAAAUUCAAGGGACCCAAAUUUAAGAUACCAGAGAUGCACCUGAAGGCUCCCAAAAUAUCGAUGCCUGACAUUGAUUUAAACCUGAAGGGCCCCAAAGUCAAGGGCGAUGUGGAUGUUUCUCUGCCCAAAGUGGAAGGUGACCUUAAGGGCCCUGAAGUUGACAUCAAGGGCCCAAAAGUGGACAUCGAUGCCCCUGAUGUGGAUGUUCAUGGCCCAGACUGGCACCUGAAGAUGCCCAAGGUGAAAAUGCCCAAGUUCAGCAUGCCUGGCUUCAAAGGAGAGGGCCCAGAUGUGGAUGUGAACCUGCCCAAGGCUGACCUUGAUGUCUCAGGACCCAAAGUGGACAUUGAUGUUCCAGAUGUGAAUAUCGAAGGCCCAGAGGGAAAGUUGAAAGGGCCCAAAUUCAAGAUGCCUGAGAUGAACAUCAAAGCCCCCAAGAUCUCCAUGCCUGACAUUGAUCUUAACCUGAAAGGACCCAAAGUGAAGGGUGAUAUGGAUGUGUCUCUGCCAAAAGUGGAAGGUGACAUGAAAGUUCCUGACGUGGAUAUUAAAGGCCCCAAAGUGGAUAUUAAUGCCCCAGAUGUGGAUGUUCAAGGCCCAGACUGGCACCUGAAGAUGCCUAAGAUAAAAAUGCCCAAGAUCAGCAUGCCUGGCUUCAAAGGAGAAGGUCCAGAACUGGACGUGAACCUGCCCAAGGCUGACCUUGAUGUCUCAGGACCCAAGGUGGACGUUGAUGUUCCAGAUGUGAAUAUUGAAGGUCCAGAUGCGAAACUGAAGGGCCCUAAAUUCAAGAUGCCAGAGAUGAACAUCAAAGCCCCCAAGAUCUCCAUGCCUGACUUUGAUUUGCAUCUGAAAGGCCCUAAGGUGAAAGGAGAUGUGGAUGUUUCUCUGCCUAAGAUGGAAGGUGAUCUAAAGACCCCUGAAGUUGACAUCAAGGGCCCCAAAGUGGACAUUGAUGCCCCAGAUGUGGAUGUUCAUGGCCCAGACUGGCACCUGAAGAUGCCCAAGGUGAAAAUGCCCAAAUUCAGCAUGCCGGGAUUUAAAGGAGAGGGCCCAGAAGUGGAUGUUAAUUUGCCCAAAGCUGACAUUGAUGUCUCAGGACCCAAAGUGGACAUUGACACUCCUGAUAUUGAUAUUCAUGGUCCAGAAGGGAAACUGAAAGGCCCCAAAUUUAAAAUGCCUGACCUGCACCUCAAGGCACCAAAGAUCUCUAUGCCUGAAGUUGACCUGAAUCUGAAAGGUCCAAAGAUGAAGGGCGAUGUGGACGUUUCUCUGCCCAAAGUGGAAGGCGACCUCAAGGGCCCUGAAGUUGACAUCAAGGGCCCCAAAGUGGACAUUGAUGUCCCAGAUGUGGACGUUCAAGGCCCAGACUGGCACUUAAAAAUGCCCAAAGUGAAAAUGCCCAAGUUCAGCAUGCCUGAUUUUAAAGGAGAGGGCCCAGAACUGGAUGUGAACCUGCCCAAGGCUGACCUUGACGUCUCAGGACCCAAGGUGGACAUUGAUGUUCCUGAUGUGAAUAUCGAAGGUCCAGAUGCGAAACUGAAGGGUCCUAAAUUCAAGAUGCCUGAGAUGAACAUCAAAGCCCCCAAGAUCUCCAUGCCUGACUUUGAUUUGCAUCUGAAAGGUCCCAAGGUGAAGGGUGAUGUGGAUGUUUCCCUUCCUAAAGUGGAAGGUGACCUCAAGGGCCCAGAAGUUGACAUCAAGGGCCCAAAAGUGGACAUCGAUGCCCCUGAUGUGGAUGUUCAUGGCCCAGACUGGCACCUGAAGAUGCCCAAGGUGAAAAUGCCCAAAUUCAGUAUGCCAGGAUUCAAAGGAGAGGGCCCAGAUGUGGAUGUUACCCUUCCUAAGGCUGACAUUGAGAUUUCUGGCCCCAAAGUGGACAUUGAUGCCCCUGAUGUCAGUAUCGAAGGUCCAGAUGCAAAACUGAAGGGUCCGAAGUUCAAGAUGCCAGAGAUGAACAUCAAGGCCCCCAAAAUCUCCAUGCCUGACAUUGACUUUAACUUGAAGGGUCCCAAAGUGAAGGGUGAUGUGGAUGUCUCUCUGCCCAAAGUGGAAGGUGAUCUCAAGGGCCCUGAAAUUGACAUAAAAGGCCCCAGUUUGGACAUUGACACAGCUGAUGUCAAUAUUGAAAGUCCGGAAGGAAAACUGAAGGGGCCCAAAUUUAAGAUGCCUGAGAUGAACAUCAAAGCUCCCAAAAUCUCUAUGCCUGACUUUGAUUUGCACCUGAAAGGUCCCAAGGUGAAGGGUGAUGUGGAUGUUUCACUACCUAAGGUGGAAGGUGAUCUGAAAGGGCCAGAGGUAGACAUUGAAGGUCCUGAAGGGAAGCUCAAAGGUCCCAAGUUUAAGAUGCCUGAUGUUCAUUUCAAAACCCCACAAAUCUCCAUGAGUGACAUUGAUUUGAAGUUGAAAGGACCUAAGAUAAAAGGAGAUAUGGACAUUUCCAUUCCUAAACUGGAGGGAGAUCUGAAAGGUCCCAAAGUGGAUGUCAAAGGCCCUAAAGUGGACAUUGACACUCCUGAUAUUGACAUUCAUGGUCCAGAAGGGAAACUGAAGGGCCCCAAAUUUAAAAUGCCUGACUUACACCUCAAGGCACCGAAGAUCUCUAUGCCUGAAGUUGACCUGAAUCUGAAAGGUCCAAAGGUGAAGGGCGACAUGGACAUUUCUCUGCCCAAAGUGGAAGGCGAGCUCAAGGGCCCCGAAGUUGACAUCAGGGGCCCCAAAGUGGACAUUGAUGUCCCAGAUGUGGACGUUCAAGGCCCAGACUGGCACUUAAAAAUGCCCAAAGUGAAAAUGCCCAAGUUCAGCAUGCCUGGCUUCAAAGGAGAGGGCCCAGAACUGGAUGUGAACCUGCCCAAGGCUGACAUUGAUGUCUCAGGACCCAAGGUGGACAUUGAUGUUCCUGAUGUGAAUAUCGAAGGUCCAGAUGCGAAACUAAAGGGCCCCAAGUUCAAGAUGCCUGAGAUGAACAUCAAAGCCCCCAAGAUCUCCAUGCCUGAUAUUGACUUAAACCUGAAAGGACCCAAAGUGAAGGGCGAUGUGGAUGUUACCCUUCCUAAAGUGGAAGGUGACCUCAAGGGCCCAGAAGCUGACAUCAAGGGCCCAAAAGUGGACAUCAGCGCCCCUGAUGUGGAUGUUCAUGGCCCAGAUUGGCACCUGAAGAUGCCCAAGGUGAAAAUGCCCAAAUUCAGCAUGCCUGGCUUCAAAGGAGAAGGUCCAGAUGUGGAUGUGAGCCUGCCCAAGGCCGACAUCGAUGUCUCGGGACCCAAGGUGGACGUUGAUGUUCCAGAUGUGAAUAUCGAAGGUCCAGACGCAAAACUGAAGGGCCCCAAGUUCAAGAUGCCUGAAAUGAAUAUCAAAGCUCCCAAGAUCUCCAUACCUGAUGUUGACCUGGAUUUGAAAGGACCCAAAGUAAAAGGAGAUUUUGAUGUGUCUGUCCCUAAGGUUGAAGGGACUUUGAAAGGCCCAGAAGUAGAUCUUAAAGGUCCACGUCUGGAUUUCGAAGGCCCUGAUGCCAAACUCAGUGGCCCAUCUUUGAAGAUGCCAUCGCUGGAGAUAUCUGCUCCUAAAGUAACUGCUCCUGAUGUUGAUUUGCAUCUCAAGGCACCAAAAAUUGGAUUUUCAGGUCCGAAGUUAGAAGGUGGUGAAGUGGACCUCAAGGGACCCAAAGUUGAAGCUCCAAGCUUAGAGGUACACAUGGACAGCCCAGAUAUUAACAUCGAAGGGCCAGAUGUUAAAAUCCCCAAAUUUAAGAAACCCAAGUUUGGAUUUGGGGCAAAAAGCCCCAAAGCUGACAUCAAGUCACCUUCACUGGAUGUCACUGUUCCUGAGGCAGAGCUGAACCUUGAGACUCCUGAAAUUAGUGUUGGUGGCAAGGGCAAGAAAAGUAAGUUUAAAAUGCCUAAAAUUCAUAUGAGUGGUCCUAAAAUUAAGGCCAAAAAACAGGGAUUUGACCUGAAUGUUCCUGGGGGUGAAAUUGAUGCCAGCCUCAAGGCUCCGGAUGUAGAUGUCAACAUCGCAGGGCCAGAUGCUGCACUCAAAGUCGACGUGAAAUCGCCCAAAACCAAGAAAACGAUGUUUGGAAAAAUGUACUUCCCAGAUGUAGAGUUUGACAUUAAAUCACCUAAAUUUAAAGCUGAGGCCCCUCUCCCUAGCCCCAAACUGGAGGGUGAAUUCCAGGCACCUGAUCUGGAACUUUCUUCGCCAGCGAUUCACGUCGAAGGUCUUGACAUCAAGGCGAAGGCUCCCAAGGUCAAGAUGCCAGAUGUGGACAUCUCAGUGCCAAAAAUAGAGGGUGACCUGAAAGGCCCCAAAGUUCAGGCAAACUUGGGUGCACCUGACAUCAACAUCGAAGGCCUAGAUGCUAAAGUCAAAACACCGUCCUUCGGCAUUUCUGCCCCUCAAGUCUCCAUCCCUGAUGUGAAUGUAAACUUGAAAGGACCAAAGAUAAAGGGUGAUGUCCCCAGCGUGGGACUGGAAGGACCAGAUGUAGAUCUGCAAGGUCCAGAAGCAAAAAUUAAGUUCCCCAAGUUUUCCAUGCCCAAGAUCGGCGUCCCAGGUGUGAAAAUGGAGGGUUGGGGAGCCGAGGUCCAUGCCCAGCUACCCUCUCUUGAAGGAGACUUGAGAGGACCAGAUGUUAAGCUCGAAGGGCCCGAUGUUUCUCUAAAGGGGCCAGGAGUAGACUUGCCUUCAGUGAAUCUCUCUAUGCCAAAAGUCUCUGGGCCUGACCUUGAUCUGAACUUGAAAGGACCAAGUUUGAAGGGAGACCUGGAUGCAUCUGUUCCCAGCAUGAAGGUGCAUGCUCCAGGGCUCAACCUCAGCGGUGUUGGUGGCAAAAUGCAGGUGGGAGGGGACGGUGUGAAAGUGCCAGGGAUCGAUGCCACAACAAAGCUUAACGUUGGGGCACCAGAUGUGACACUGAGGGGACCAAGCCUGCAGGGAGAUCUGGCUGUCUCUGGUGACAUCAAAUGCCCUAAAGUAUCCGUAGGAGCUCCUGAUCUAAGCUUGGAGGCAUCCGAAGGCAGCAUUAAACUUCCCAAAAUGAAGCUGCCCCAAUUUGGCAUCUCUACUCCGGGGUCCGACUUGCACGUCAAUGCCAAGGUGCCACAGGUUUCUGGCGAACUGAAGGGGCCAGGUGUGGAUGUGAACCUGAAAGGGCCUCAGAUUUCAGCACCGAAUGUGGACUUUAACUUGGAAGGACCAAAAGUGAAAGGGAGCCUUGGGGCCACUGGUGAGAUCAAAGGCCCCACUGUCGGAGGAGGUCUUCCGGGCAUCAGUGUUCAAGGCCUAGAAGGAAACCUCCAGAUGCCUGGAAUUAAGUCCUCUGGAUGUGAUGUGAACCUGCCAGGCGUGAAUGUGAAACUCCCAACUGGGCAGAUUUCUGGGCCUGAAAUCAAAGGUGGUCUGAAAGGUUCAGAAGUAGGUUUCCAUGGGGCUGCUCCUGAUAUCGGUGUGAAGGGGCCUUCCUUUAAUAUGGCAUCUCCUGAGUCAGAUUUUGGCAUCAACUUGAAGGGCCCAAAAAUCAAAGGAGGUGCGGAUGUUUCAGGGGGUGUCAGUGCCCCAGACAUCAGCCUUGGUGAAGGGCAUUUGAGUGUUAAAGGUUCCGGGGGUGAGUGGAAGGGACCCCAAGUCUCCUCUGCUCUCAACUUGGACACAUCUAAGUUUGCUGGGGGCCUUCAUUUCUCAGGACCAAAGGUGGAAGGAGGUGUCAAAGGAGGUCAGAUUGAACUCCAGGCUCCUGGGCUGAGUGUGUCUGGGCCUCAAGGUCACUUGGAAAGUGGAUCUGGAAAAGUAACAUUCCCUAAAAUGAAGAUCCCCAAAUUCACCUUCUCUGGCCGUGAGCUGGUUGGCAGAGAAGUGGGGGUGGAUGUUCACUUCCCUAAAGCAGAGGCCAGCAUCCAAGCUGGUGCCGGAGACGGCGAGUGGGAAGAGUCUGAAGUCAAACUGAAAAAGUCCAAGAUCAAAAUGCCCAAGUUUAAUUUUUCCAAACCUAAAGGGAAAGGCGGUGUCACUGGCUCACCAGAAGCAUCCAUUUCUGGGUCCAAAGGUGACCUGAAAAGUUCAAAGGCCAGCCUGGGCUCUCUGGAAGGAGAGGCAGAGGCCGAAGCCUCUUCACCGAAAGGCAAAUUCUCCUUAUUUAAAAGUAAGAAGCCACGGCACCGCUCAAAUUCAUUCAGUGAUGAAAGAGAGUUCUCUGGACCUUCCACCCCGACGGGGACGCUGGAGUUUGAAGGUGGGGAAGUGUCGCUGGAAGGUGGGAAAGUUAAAGGGAAACACGGGAAGCUGAAAUUCGGUACCUUUGGUGGAUUGGGGUCAAAGAGCAAAGGUCAUUAUGAGGUGACUGGGAGCGAUGAUGAGACAGGCAAGUUACAGGGGAGUGGGGUGUCCCUGGCCUCUAAGAAGUCCCGACUGUCCUCCUCUUCUAGCAAUGACAGUGGGAAUAAGGUUGGCAUCCAGCUUCCCGAGGUGGAGCUGUCAGUUUCCACAAAGAAAGAGUAGCAGGCCUUUGUAUGUGUGUACAUAUAUAUAUAUAUAUAACAAAACAUCAGCCUUGGGUGUGUUCCUAUAUAAACUCCAAAGGGAAACACACCGACUGCCUCAGCAAUCAUGCAAAGACCUUGCCUGGCCCGGUGGCAAGUGCUGAAAAACCGACCGCCUGUAGGCUCCUGGAACUAUACAGAUAGGUAAAGAGUUCCAAGUUCGUCCAGCCCAUGUGCAAAGUCAACAGUAUUUGCCUUAAGAUUUCAUAUAUAUAUAUUUUUUUGCAUCGACUGCUGAGAGCUCCUGUUUACUAAGCAAGCUUUUGUGUUUAUUAUCCUCAUUUUUACUGAACAUUGUUAGUUUUGGGGUAAUGGAAACCCACUUUUUCAUUGUAAUGACUUUGGGGGCUUUUGUUAGUAAGGGUGGGUGGGGUGAUGGGUUGCAGACGGAGGUCAGGUCUUCCUCUUUCCUGAGACUGGAUCUGUUCAAACAGCAAACGCCCACGGAUGGCCCAGAGGUGGUGGUAGUCAGGGUGUGUGGGUGUUUUUAGGGUUCUUUAGUGUUGCUUCUUUCACCCAGGGGUGGUGGUCCCAGCCAGUUUGGUGCUGACGGUGAGAGGAAAUUAGAAUCUGUUUGCAAAUUGUCCAACCCACCCCCUCAACAUGAGGGGCUUCCAUUUUCUGUGUUUUGUAAGGGAACUGUUUCCUUCAUGCCGCCAUGUUCCUGAUAUUAGUUGAUUUCUUUUUAACAAAUGUUAUCAUGAUUAAGAAAAUUUCCAGCACUUUAAUGGCCAAUUAACUGAGAAUGUAAGAAAAUUGAUGCUGUACAAGGCAAAUAAAGCUGUUUAUUAACCUUGA